AUGGAAGUCAAGGGGGUGACCACCUUAUUUUCCCUACCUUGUCGUUGGCAUCAAUUGUCUCUUGGACCACACCCCGGUUCCCAGUCCGUCCCAAUCCCAAAGACAACCACACCAGACACGACAGGGCAGCCGGGGGACCCAGCCAAAGGAGCCCGGUACCUUGUCUUUGCGUGCAAGCUCCGUUUUACGAGACGAGCUGGACAACGCCUGGAGGUACGUGUAGCUCAUCUGUACCCAUGUACCUCUGUCGUUUGGGGCCAGCUUGGACGGACCCAUCUCCUUUUGCCGGGAGAUUUCCAUUUUCAGGCCCAUUUCAGGACCCAGCGGAUGGCCUCGGUGGAUUUCAGCGGGCCGGGGUGCUCCCUGUUCUAUCCACCAGUUCUCCCACACGUCUCGAAAAACGGAGGAACGGAGCUUGCGUGGGCGCGGCAGGUUGCUGGCGUUGUCGCAGUGGUCAGAGAAGUAGCUGAACGGUAUCACGGUACUCGAGGCACCCUCAGCACGGACGCCCGAGAGAUCCAGCGACACAGCGAGCGAGCCAGUCCUCCGGGCGAGAAGAGCCACGAUGUUGUUAUUGUCCAAGGUCGACUGCCUGCCUAUCCUGCCGUGGCUGCCAUCCACCCGUUGCGGAAUCGCCUGCCGGUGCCAUGUGAGGCCAGCCAGUGUCUGUCUGGGCUGUCAAGCAAGUGUCAAAAUGUCAGACUCAGAGUGUGCCCUUGGAGCCCUGGCAGCUUGGGGCCUUCCUAA